UUACCAUGUUCCCACGGAGCACCGUUUUUCGCGCUCUCCACCAAUGGCGCUCCAACGCGGACGGACCACCGGCGCUCCCGCUGCCGCCGGAGCCCAGCUCAUUUGCCACAGCCGUCAGGAGCUCCGCUUCGCUCCGAGUCUUGAAGCCCCUUCACGCCGCCGUCCUCCGCCACCACCCCGACGACCUUGUCCUCUCCGUCGCCCUUGCUUGCCGCUACUCCCAACUUGGCCUCCCGCGGGCUGGCCUCUCCCUCCUCUCGCCGGCUGCUGCCGAUCCUUCCCUCCUCCCGGCCGCCGAUACCUUUUUCUGGAACCUCCUCGUCCGCGGUCUUGUCGAAUCCGGAGCCCACGAUCGCGCUCUCGCUCUCUACCGCCAGAUGCGAGAGCCUCGCGGUGGCGCUCAGCCCAAUAAUUUUACCUUUCCCCCCGUUCUCAAGGCCUGUUCCUACCUCGGUGACUUCGAGGAAGGCGUCAAGGUCCAUGACGACGCCGCGGAGCUCGGCUACGACUCCGAUGUUUUCGUCCGCAACUCCCUCAUUUCCAUGUACGGCAAAAGUGGCGCUUUGGACACUGCGAAGAGGCUGUUUGAUGAAAUGCCCGAUAGAAGCGUGGUCACUUGGACCGCGAUGAUUGGAGCCUUCGCUCAAAAUGGGCAUCCAGAGGACGCGCUUGCAUUGUUCCGUCGAAUGCUGGAGGAGCGAGUUAGGCCCAACAGAGCGACAUUCUUGACAGUGAUGCCAUGUGUUAUCAGGUGUCAUGAUGCUGACGACUUGCAUAAGCUGAUCAUCAGGUACCGUCUGGAAUCACAAGUGAUUGUCCAGAAUGCAAUCAUGGGCAUGUACUCAAGGUGUGGAAAGAUUGAACAAGCACGGAAAUUGUUCGAUGGGAUUGCUGAGAAGGAUUUGGCAUCUUGGAGUUCGAUGAUUGAGGCUUAUGCACGGGCCGAUAUGUUCGAGGAAGCCAUGAAGCUAUUUCGAAACAUGAAGUUACUUGAGAUUGUGCCAGACCGGGUGACACUUCUCGGUGUCACUUGUGGUUGUUCCAAUUCAGCAGUAGCAUCUCUAAGGCAUGCACGGCUUAUUCAUGGCUUUGCAAUUAGGAGCUUACUGAUUGAGGAUUUAAUGGUCGAAACAGCUGUAAUCGAUAGCUACGUGAGACGUGGGAGUCUAAGCAGUGCUCGUAGAAUAUUUGAUCAGAUGCGAGAGAAGAAUUUGGUGACCUGGAGCACUAUGAUAUCUGGGUAUGGAAUGCAUGGGAGGGGAGUGGAGGCGCUUGAACUAUUUAACCGCAUGAAGUGCUUGAUGAAACCAGACCACAUUACGUUUGUCUCUGUGCUCUCUGCUUGCAGCCAUGCCGGCUUAAUUGUUGAAGGUUGGCAGUGCUUUAAUUCUAUGACCACGGAGUUUGGGAUUGUUGCUCGUGCUGAGCAUUAUGCAUGCAUGGUUGAUCUGCUGGGACGAGCAGGACAGCUUGAAAAAGCUAGAGAAUUCAUUGAGAAAAUGCCCAUAAAACCAGAUUCUAGCGUGUGGGGAUCCUUGCUUGGUGCUUGCAGGAUUCAUCCAGAUGCAAAGAUCACAGAAUUGGCUGCAACCUCGCUGUUUGAAUUGGACCCUCAGAAUUCAGGCCGUUACAUUCUAUUGUCAAAUAUCUACACUUCUUUGGGGAAGAUUGAAGAAGCCCAUAGCAUUAGAGUUCUCAUGAGAAAGAGAGGGGUGAAAAAGAUAGCUGGUUACACUGUCAUAGAAUUGAACAACAAGCUAUACAAGUUUUUAGUUGGGGACUGUUCCAACCCUCAAUCAGAUUUGAUGUAUAGGGAACUCGAGAGAUUGAUGGACAGGAUUAAAGAGGCAGGAUAUGUGCCAAAUACCAACUUUGCAUUGCAUGAUGUGGAGGAAGAGACGAAAGUUAAGUCGUUGUAUAUGCACAGUGAGAAACUUGCUAUUGUUUUUGGGCUUAUUAACACGGGGCCUGAAAGUACCAUUCGGAUCCACAAGAACCUGAGGGUUUGUGGAGAUUGUCAUACUGCUACCAAAUUUAUCUCAAAGGUCACAAAGAGGAAGAUAGUCAUGAGAGACUCACAUAGGUUUCAUCAUUUUAGUGAUGGGGAGUGUUCCUGUGGGGAUUACUGGUGAAGAGCAUCAUCACUCUUUGUGGUUAACAUAGCUGGCCUGGGGAGCAAAGUGCAUUAGAAAAUUGGUGGCAGAGCACUAAAUUCACUUUGCUAUCUACCCUGAGAAAUUAUUGGCAUAGCUAAUGAUGUGGUUAGCUUAUCUCUACUGCUUAUAGGAGAGAUUUUUCUACUAGUCGCACAGACUGAUAUCAAUGAGAGACUUUUUUCCUUGCAAGCUAUCAUCGAGCAAACCACACAAGAUCAACAAGUCAAAUAGCAACUUGCAAAAUAGAUUGCAGAAUGGACAUCUGAUCUUUAGCUUCUUUCAAGGACACAAGAAGAUCAUAUUUUCACGUCCAAUGGUAGAAGAACAUCCUUCACAGAGUAGUACACCUUAGAGAUUAGGCUCUGAAGUACUGCUGUAGUAUUUUCUAACCAAACCAAGUGCCCAGUGUUAUAUCUUUAUACUGUUAUUUUGUCGAUAACUAUUGGGAAAUGCUAUUUGAACUGAGCUCCUAAAUUAGAAGCAUGGAAUAGAUGAUGAUUUGGUGAACAGAUGCCUCAGCACAGUAGCCUAGGUGGUUUAUUCUUGCAAGCAAUUCAACAGCAUGCUAUUCUGUGUAUCCUAGUGCCAUUUAAUUUGGUUGUUGGAUCUUUACCAACGUGCUGGAACAAAAGUAUUUAUGGCUGCAGUUGGACUCAGAAGGUCUGGUGAAAGGUCACAAAUUGCACCUGCAUGAGUUAUUUCGUCUUGGUCCUCGAGCAAAGUGGAUAAGUUGACAGAUCUUGACCUCAAACCCAAAGAGUAAAAUCUUUAGAGCAGAUUCCUGAAUGCUGGCCUGCUGAACUUUGAAAUUUUAGUGUUUAUUAUUCCCUACCCACCAUGGUUUGAUUGCAUCCUUCAUGGGAUUGAUUUCUUUAUCAUAAGUAACUUGUGACAACAAUUUCAAUCCCAAGCAAGAGAAGAGUUUUGUUUGAGUUUGCUAUGACGCCUUCGUUAUUAUUUUCAGAUGAACUCCGGAGUUGGCCCACCGGUCGAUAUACCACCACAAGGGUCACAAGAGACCUGCUGUUUUCUCCAUGAGAAGUUCUGCUUGCAUUUUUUUUGCUGAAGCUCUGAAGCUUUUGAUAUAAGGUACCAUCAUUACGAGUUAUCUAAAUUUAAUUUGAGCCUUAACUGUAAGCUCCUUUUUGACUUAGAUCCUACUCCACGUUGUCUAAGGUAAGCACAAGACUGGAUUAUAGGCUUCGUAGUUUGUUUUCAUUAGAACAACAACAGAUCAUUUUGGUAGAUGUCUUAUAUAAGAUCGUUAUCGGUUAAUAACGAGUGCAAAUGAAAAAUCAUAAAUACUGCUGCUUCAUCCAUAUUCUGUGUUGCCUCUUAUAAACUCGGCAACGAUAUUGAGGUUGGUGGGCAGCUCAUAGUAAAACCAGAGAACAUUCAUUAGUUGGAAUGGAAUGCUCUAACAAUAUAAAUAGGUUGGAGAAGCGGUAGUUGAUUCAGUUCAUGGGCAUUUGGGUCCUCCUCUCUUGGUCUUCCAGUUGUUGUAGCAGGGACAUUCUCCUUUGUUGCCAUAGAAACCUGAUGGCACGCAGAGGCACUUCAUGCAGCACUUCUGGCAGAAGAACAUGCAUGGCUUGUGAUACUGCGUCCUGGAGCACCUCCUCGUGCAUUGAGAUGGGCACUCUGUUCGAACGAAUUUAGCACAAAGAUCAUUCAACAUAUUUUGUGAGACACGACGGAUUGGAAAGGAAAAUGAGCAACUCACGAUAAGUUCGAAGGGUUCCUUGUCCAUUUGAAGCCUGAAAAGAAGGUGGAUAACAAUAAGAAAAUAAGGAAAUCUAUUGCUACAAAAAUUUGUCAAGUACCGGAGAAAGUAGCUCAGAAAACUAUAUGAAGCAGAAAGAUGCACUAAACAAUUAUACCGGCAUGUACUCCUCUUCAGAAUGCUCGGUUGCUUUGGCUAGCACCUGCAACAGGGAAAAAAUGACAAGUUAUGAAAAGGUAUUCUUGUUUGGAUCAGACUAAUUGAUCUCGAAAGAGCGAGAGGAAGAAGUUUGUUACCGUCAGUGGCUUUAGCUCUCACCUUUGAACCGGAGUCAGCUAUGGAAAUGGCCAGUAGAGCAAUGGCCACAAGGACAACAAGCUUAGCCAUGGCCUUUGCGCUUCCCAGAUCUAGAGAUCCACAGAGGAAGAAGAAGAGCAAGGAGAUGCGUUGGGAGCUUGCAGUGGCCAUAAGCGGAGAUGUGCUCCUAUUUAUAGCUUGGAUGGGGCAGACAGGUGUCCGUAUGAACGGAUAUAAAAGAAAACGAAGAAAGGGCAGCUCCCACAGCAGCACUUUCACUGAAAGCGGCAACACUAUUGGCCCUGAUGGAAUCAAUCAACAGAACUCCUUGGAUCCAAAAGCACAAAGUAAAAGCACCAUGAACAUUGUUGGAACACUGGGAGGCCUCAUCAAGGGUUCCUUCAGAACCAUCGACCUCGAUCAAAUCAGUCAUCUCAAUCGUUCAUCAAAUUAAUUAUUUGAUGCACCUCCUUCUCCUACAUGGAUGAACCCAACCCCACCCAUGUUCUUUCCUUCCGUAGCUGUCAUCCUGCAAGAAGAGAUCACUGUAUCCACAGCAUCCUCGUCUACAUCUCUUUCCCUCGGGUUCUUCAGCUCCAAGCUCUUUAAUGUGGGGCACAUCCACAUGGAUGCAGAUCGUAUUAUUGCCCUCUGUCACACUUUGCCAGUUUCCACCCUCUCUUUUGAGCAAAAUAUUUCACUUGUGUGAGUAAGAGAGCUGUAUGGCUAACAAGUUGACAUGUAUCGGAAUGCUGGUUAAGUUUUUAUUUACCUUUUUUUUUGUUCUUUCAGUAAUUGUUUUCACAAAAUGCAUUUCUCAACGCUAUACUAAGAUUGAAAAUAGUAAAAUUAUACACAUUAUUCUUUGUCGAA